AAUGCAGUUUACACAUUAGCCCAGCUGCCAGAAAUUACAGCAAGCUCAAUUCUGCCGGACUGGAACAGGGGGCCGUGAAACGGGAGGAUGGCAAGGACGCAGAAAAUGAAGAGAACCCAGCAUUGCAUUCUCUUGGGAAAUGAUCUGAGGUGAAUAAACAGAAACCGCAGAAGAGGCUGAGAAAGAGAGAGGCAGAACGGGGGAGCCGAGGAGGAGGGGAGAGCCUAGCGUUCUCUGAGUGCAGUAGACUUUCACCGCCUCAACUGAAGGAAAAGAGCCAUGGGCUGUUUCCUGCACUGUAAAGGACAAUUUCUCCACCCUUGACGCGUCUUAACGCUCCUGCCUGCUGACAGCAAGUUCUUCUUCCAAACAUCCCCAGACACUCUCAGAAUGCACCUACUUUCCUGCCAGUGACAGGAUCGCAGAGACUUAAGGAUAUCUGGUUUUAAAAAGUCGGCUGAGGAAGUAGGACCGAAAAGAAAGAACAAAUCCUUGAUUAGGAUUUUUUUUUUUUUAAUCACUUGACGUUUACUACUACAAAACCAUCCAGCGCUUUAAGUUGGAACGGAACCCUGAGGGGCCAAAGGAAUAAGUGUCAUCCAAUCACACCAAGAUCCUUUGAUUUCAUAUCGCACAGAGAGGAUCCUAAGCGUACCAUUCAAUGGGAGAUAAUUGAACUUCCUGCCUAGCAGGCAGCUGAAAAUGGAGAAGUAGAGGUUCAAGUGGGAGAUCAAGUUCAAGAACCCCACCACUCAGGAUCAGAUUGAAGGCUGGUUCUGACGGCGACCUUCCACCGAUCAGUGCGCUUUUCUUUUUUUCCCCCUGUUUGUCCAGUUCUGAGAAGGGAAAACGGAUUUUUGGGAUUGUUUUGUGCUAGACCUCAGUCAGAUCUCAACUUUUAGACUGACAUUCAACAGUUUAACUGUGAAAAAAAAUAAUAAGAAAUUGGAUUGAGAAGGCUGUUCACCAGCAAUCUGGGGAAAACAAAGGACAUUUUAUUAAAUGGCUUUUAUUUCACUAUUCAGAUUCAGGUAAACUGAAAGACAGAAGGAGAACAAGACCAAAAAAAGCGAAAAGGGGAGGGAGGGGGCCAGAUGCCACUGAUCGCUGUUAACUCCAACCUUUUGAUAAGUUAAGCUUCUUUUUCCAUUUUCGUCGUCUUUUCAUCUUGAAAAUUAGAUUUCUUUUGUUCUUUUUUUUUUUUCAGAUGACCCUUACAUCUGUAAGGGAGAUCGUAACACAUUGCUGUGACUGAGAUAAGGUGGGCGGAAAAGGAGGGAGAAGCUUUUUUUUCCCUAGCCGAAAAAGAAUGUUCUGUUGCCUUCUCGUUUUUGCAGUUUUGGGUAUUUAUCUUGUCACUCCAUCUCCGUUUUCAUCCCCCUCUCCAUGCCUCUGGGAGUGCAUAGGAGGGAAUUGAGUUAUUUCAUCUCCGCUGGAAUUUUUUUUAUUUGCUUUCCCGACUGAUUUUUCUUCUGUACUUCUGUUUGCCCCAGACAAAAUGCUGUUGUAUCUAAAGUCAAAAUCAGGAACCUGAUAGUGUUUGGCACAAGAUUCCACAAGGAGAGCCAGGCAACACGAACAAGAGACGGAAAUCUUCUGAAGCCUAACCUCCGAUCUUAAAAAGCGUGAGAUCUGCUUCCCCCUUCCCUCUCCACCACCACCACCACCCCCUUUCCCGUCCAGUUUCAGACGUGUCCUCGAAUAUUCCCUCCUUUUUUCCCCCGGAAUCUGUCAGCAUUCCCGACGGGACGCAGCCAGCUUGUAUCCGUGCCAACCCUUUGAUAUUAGCUCCCGGUGUCGUCUGCUUCAUUCUGUGGCGGUGCAGGCAGCCAGACGACCUUUCUCCAUGAGGAGCAGUGGAAGAUGCCGGCUCUGCCAGCGCUGCUGCUGUCGAUUCACCUCCUCUUCCUCCUCCUGCUGUUGCUGCUGCUGACCAUGGCCCCGUCCUCUCACAGCCAGGCGCCCGCUCUCGCAGCUGUCAGGAUGGCUGCUAUUUUGGAUGAUCAGUCAGCAUGUGGACGCGGCGAGCGGUUGGCAUUGGCUCUGGCCCGAGAGAACAUCAACAGUGAGAUGGAGGGUUCGUCACGAGCCCGCGUUGAGGUCGACAUCUUUGAGCUGCAGAGAGACUCUCAAUACGAGACUACAGACACAAUGUGUCAGAUCUUGCCAAAGGGAGUGGUGUCUGUCAUUGGUCCUGCCUCUAGUCCUGCUUCUGGAUCCACUGUCAGUCAUAUAUGUGGGGAAAAAGAGAUCCCUCACAUCAAGAUCGGUCCAGAGGAGACUCCACGCUUGCCAUAUUUGCGCUUUGCCUCAGUGACGCUGUAUCCUAGCAACGAGGACUUAAGCUUGGCGAUCGGUGCCAUUCUGCACUCUUUCAGUUACCCAACGGCCAGUCUGAUCUGUGCCAAAGCAGAGUGCCUGCUGCGAUUGGAGGAGCUUGUGCGUCACUUCCUCAUAUCCCGGGAAACACUCUCAGUCAGAAUGCUCGAUGAAAACUUGGACCCCACCCCCCUGCUCAAGGAAAUCCGUGAUGACAAAGUUGCGACUAUUAUCAUUGAUGCUAAUGCAUCAGUGUCUAUACUAAUAUUAAAGAAGGCCUCAGAAUUAGGCAUGACAUCAGCCUUCUACAAGUAUAUUCUCACCACAAUGGAUUUCCCUUUGUUGAGGUUGGAUGACGUGGUAGAUGAUCAGUCAAAUAUCGUUGGUUUCUCCAUGUUGAACAGCAGUCAUCCGUUUUACCUGGAGUUCAUUAGAAGUCUAAACCUGUCAUGGAGGGAAGGUUGUGACCUCAGUCCCUACCCUGGUCCAGCGUUGUCAUCUGCGCUGAUGUUCGAUGCAGUUCAUGUGGUGGUCGGAGCAGUGCGAGAGCUGAACCGCAGUCAGGAGAUCGGAGUGAAGCCUCUGAGUUGCACUUCCUCGCUCAUCUGGCAGCACGGCACCAGUCUCAUGAACUACCUGCGCAUGGUAGAGUACGAUGGCCUAACAGGCCGCGUGGAGUUUAACAGCAAAGGCCAGAGGACCAAUUACACGCUGCGUAUUCUUGAGAAAUUCAGGGGGGGUCACAAAGAGAUUGGUGUCUGGUACUCCAAUAACACGUUGGCUAUGAACUCCACAUCUUUGGACAUCAACGCAUCUGUGACGUUAGCCAAUAAGACACUCACAGUCACCACAAUACUGGAGAAUCCAUACGUGAUGCGCAAGGCAAACUACCAGAAUCUUCAUGGUAAUGAUCAGUAUGAGGGAUUCUGUGUGGAUAUGUUACGGGAGCUGGCAGACAUACUGAAGUUUUCGUUCCGGAUCAAGCUGGUGGAUGACGGCCUGUAUGGAGCUCCGGAACCAAAUGGGUCAUGGACUGGCAUGGUGGGGGAAUUAAUCAACAGGAAAGCAGAUCUGGCAGUGGCUGGAUUUACAAUCACAUCAGAGCGGGAAAAGGUCAUAGAUUUCUCCAAACCUUUCAUGAACCUUGGAAUCAGUAUCCUGUACCGCGUCCACAUAGGCAGGAAGCCAGGUUAUUUCUCCUUCUUGGAUCCGUUUUCGCCAGCUGUCUGGCUCUUUAUGCUUUUAGCCUAUCUGGCUGUUAGCUGUGUACUCUUCCUGGCUGCCAGGCUGAGUCCAUAUGAGUGGUACAACCCCUUCCCGUGUUGGCGGGACCGCAAGGACCUCCUGGAGAAUCAGUACACGCUAGGGAACAGCCUGUGGUUUCCGAUCGGUGGUUUCAUGCAGCAGGGCUCAGAGAUCAUGCCCCGGGCCCUGUCCACACGUUGUGUCAGUGGUGUUUGGUGGGCAUUCACGCUGAUCAUCAUUUCCUCCUACACGGCAAACCUUGCAGCUUUUCUGACGGUCCAGAGAAUGGAGGUGCCAAUCGAAUCUGCUGAUGACUUGGCAGAUCAGACGAACAUCCAGUACGGGACUAUUCAAGGAGGAAGUACUAUGACCUUCUUCAUGAACUCGCGCUAUCAGACGUACCAGCGCAUGUGGAAUUACAUGUACUCCAAGCAGCCUAGUGUGUUCGUGAAGAGCACGGAGGAGGGCAUAGCACGGGUUUUAAACUCCAAAUACGCCUUUCUUCUGGAGAGCACUAUGAACGAGUACUACCGACGCCUCAACUGCAACCUCACACAGAUAGGAGGCCUGUUGGACACCAAGGGCUAUGGCAUCGGCAUGCCUCUGGGUUCACCAUUCAGAGAUGAGAUCACAUUAGGUGUGCUGCAGCUCCAAGAAAACAACAGAUUAGAAAUCCUAAAGCGCCGCUGGUGGGAGGGGGGGAAGUGUCUUAAAGAAGAAGACCAUCGAGCCAAAGGUCUAGGUAUGGAGAAUAUCGGCGGGAUAUUCGUGGUGCUGAUUUGUGGGCUCAUAAUAGCUGUUUUUGUAGCCAUUAUGGAGUUUGUGUGGUCCACGCGCCGGUCAGCCGAGACAGAUGAGGUACGCCCUCACUCCCGUACUGGGUACUGCCCUGCCCGAAACCACAGACAUGCACGAGUGUCAGUAUGUCAGGAAAUGAUGACCGAAUUCAGGAACGUCAUCUCCUGUAAAAAGAACUCUCGUUCGCGGCGGCGGCGACCCCUCUCGUCCCAGGGUGUUCUUCGACACCCAGCACGUCUCCCUUUAGGAGUUCCCCGGCCCGUACGCCUUGUGCGGGAGAUGCGUCUUAGCAACGGCAAGCUCUACAGUGGGACGGGGCCGUUAACCGGUGCUGCAGCGGGACCAGGACCCGGUGGGGGUGCCGCGGAAAUGGGCCCGGGGCCUCAGCGACUGCUGGAGGACCCUCUCAGUGCCAGUGUCCCGAGCAGCACACCGGCUCUGCUCCCCACAGCGGCGCCCCGCGGCUGCACACACGUACGGGUGUGCCAGGAGUGCCGGCGGAUCCAGAGCCUUCGCUCCACGUCCUCUUGUUCGCGCAUCUCGCCACUGGCCUCCGCCACGUCAUCUCUCCCGCGUUUGCCGCCGCCACCGCCCACCUCCAAUACAAACACCGACAGUGAGAGUAGCCCACGCAGGGCCAAACCCACACCCCCUCCGAGACCAAUCCCGCCCACUAAAACCCCCUCCACUGAUCUCCUCUGCAAGCAGGACUGAGGCCGCCCUUUCAUCUGGACAGUAAAUUAAUGUAAAUGAGUGCUGGAGGACAGAUGGAAUGACUCUGUCCACAUCUCCAGUCAAAGUGACCUCUGGGAUACUGCAAAUAAAGGCAAUUUUUGGAUGCAAAAUUACAUUAAUGGACACUGAGUGAGAGAUGAUUCAGCCAACCGCUUCCUGUCCAAGUGUUUGGUUUAACACCACGUCAUUCAGUGGAGGUUUGGCACGCUGUUGAGACUACAUAAUGCAUAUCCCGUGGAAGUAUGCUAUGCAACAUGUCAUAAAGGGAAACACGGAAGGAAACUAUAAGGACGACUAUCAGUUUCGCGUUGAAGUACGAAUCUUCUCCAUGAUUUGUGUACUCCUGUGAGAGGACGAUGGAGUCUGUUCCUAAAAUGUGUGCACGUUGAACUGAACGGACUUUGGUGCAAUUCUUUUCUUUCUUUCCUUAAACAAGGGGGAAGGGUUACAAUUAAUUUUUAAUCCUGGAUGUCACUUGGUUGUUUUCCUUUCCAGCUUUUUCUUUGGUUUCGUUCUUUUAAAAUACCUGUUUUUCCCCUCUUGUUAAUUACCCUGAGGACAAAGUAUAUCGAUUUUUUUAGGGGAAGUUUUAUGGUUCUUCAACCUCUAAGAUUACUCACCUGGUUUCAAUCUCUUAUCUUCUGUUUUAUUUAAUUAAAACACCAGCUGUUAAAGGUUAAAAUCAACAUGAAACGGAAUUUAAAAAAGUUUACUAGGAUAUUCAAGAAUGAAAAUGUAGAGUGGGACUUGAUUUAUUCAUCAGGAAUUGAUCGGAUCGCGCAAAGUGAGCGUUCCAGACCUGAAUGUCAGUGGAAUGUCAAGGUCGAGUUCAUCCUUGAGACCAUCGCCGCAAAUCCCGGUCUUUUCAAAUCUAUUAUAAUUUAAUAUGUUUGCCAUAACUUUUAUUGUAUUAACAUAACCCAGGAUUCAUUUACUGUGUUGGCAAGAUUUUAGAAAGGCUGCAUUAUUGUACCUAAUAAAGUAGUCUACAAUAAUGCCAAUUUGGCUAUUAGUUAACAACAUUAACUAAUAGCAUGCACAGAUGCUGUCAGCCAAUCAGGAAAGUCUUUUUAGAAGUGGGAAAGUUACAUUUUUAUGAAACGUUAUAGUAUUCAAGCACUUUUCCCCCCCUUUGGAGUAACGUGCACUGGUGAAUCGUUCACAAUAAGACCAAGAAUUAGUUUUGAUUUUAUGUAGAUUUUAACAAGCUGUCCAUCAAUAUUUGCAACUCGUAAGUACACAGAGAAAUACUUCUCAUCCCCGGAACAACAAGACGUGACAAAACCACCUUUGUGAACCUGAAGGGGUAUUUAUCUGAUUAUGUGAGAGGACAAUUAAUGAUGUUUUUCAUUAUAUAACUAAAUGAGCCUCUGUCAUGAAUGGUUUGUUGAAGUGCACUAGAAGUUGCUGUCUGGGUGCUUGUGAGAUGCCAAUAUCCAUUUAUAUCCAAAGUGUAAACAUAGCAGCCCUGUUUAGAAUCUGCAGCGUUCUAGCGUUCGUGUGUGUGCGCGCGCGCGCGUGCGUCAAAGAGAGAUGGAAAUGUAAUCGUCAUUUUUUAAUUCAAAGCUGAUUCUUUUUUUAUUUCUCAUUCAUUUUCAAAGAUUUCUAUACCAGUGCUUGACGAAUCACACCCACAAUUAAGAAAAUGAGGCAAAUGAUUCAGAUUAUAUUGUUAUUAAUAUUCCAAUAAAACUGUGGGGUUAUGUAGGAGGGCUGUGUUACCCUCUUUCGUUAAAUAUAUAGACACAUGUUUUGAAUAAAACAGAGUGAUUGAAACUGUGA